ACAAGUCGCGGCGCAGCUACGAACGGCUCUUACUCCUCGAAGAGGCAUCCGCGACGUAACAGAGACGGAGAAAACCGCGUGUCUCGCUUAAUCGCGGCUAAUUAAGACGAUUCGCCGUCUGCACUGUCCGUUGCACUGUCAUUGACCGUCUGCGGUUUGCCGGCCUCGUAAAUCAUCCUGCUUCCCUCGCGGCAGAAUGCCGGGUAAUUGUGUCACGGUUGAUAUACGAACGUAUUUUCGUCCUCUUGAAAAUUGAUUAACCGAGGAGAACGCGAAUAAGCUCGUUUUCAUUCUUCGCGAGAGGUGUCUUUCGAAAAAGGAAAAUUAUUUCCGUGUUUUCGAAGUUGAAAGGGACGAUAAUAUUUUUGCGGCUCGUCGCGAUGGACUUGUGUUUCCGAAGUUUGAAAAUGAUCGGUCGGGAGGAAAACUAGAGGACCACGGAGCUGGUAGGUGGAAGCGGCGCGGUGGAUAGAAGUUUACCACGUGCUUGCUUGCGGCGUAUUCCGGCGCGAAGGAAACCACGUGGCCCGUGACAGGAAAGCUUCUUCUCGAGUAACAACGGUGCCGGACGAGGGCGAGAACAGCUUUAAAAUGCCUCGAGCUUCCGUGGUGCACAUGACUUCGACGGCGACGAGACCGCAACACAUGUCGCAGGUGUUGGCCACCCUGGCACUCUCAAUGGGAACCCUGUCCUCUGGUCUGGCAAAGGGUUACACUUCCCCAGCGUUGGACUCUAUUCUGGAUAAUCAACCCCCUCAUCUUUACCAAUCUACGAACAACGACACCUGGUCGGCAUUCUCGGUGACGCAACAAGAAGCCUCGUGGGUAGCGUCGUUGUCGAUGCUUGGUGCAUGGUUUGGCGCCAUGAUCGGCGACUGGAUAAUGAGAAGAGGUCGUAGAUUGGCGCUACGAGUGACAUCCUUGCCUCUGGCCGCCGUUUGGAUCCUUACCGGUAUAGCGCCAUGCGUCGAACUGGUCUACGUCACCAGCUUCAUCGGGGGUCUAUGUUGCUCCGUUACCACCAUGGUCGCCCACGUGUACAUAUCCGAAAUCUCAAUGCCGAGCAUACGAGGCUGCCUGUCGGCGAUGCUGAAGGUGCUCGGUCACGUCGGCGUGUUAUUAUCGUACAUAGCCGGGACGUACAUGAAUUGGCGGCAAAGCGCGCUGCUGGUAGCGGUGGCACCGUCGAUGCUCUUUUUGGGCACCCUCUUUAUACCCGAGACGCCGUCGUACCUCGUUCUGAACGGCAAAGACGACGAGGCUGCCAGCAGUCUCCAAUGGCUGCGCGGUGAUCACGUCGACAUACGCCACGAGCUUCAGGUGAUCAAGACGAACAUCCUUGCCUCGAGAGCGAAACAAUACGAGCUGACGUUCAAGAACAGCAUGCUCACUCCGCGAUUGUACAAACCUAUCGCCAUCACGUGCGGGUUAAUGUUCUUCCAACGAUUCUCUGGAGCGAACGCGUUCAACUAUUACGCGGUCAUCAUAUUCCGUCAGACUCUGGGCGGUAUGAAUCCGCACGGGGCGACCAUUGCUAUCGGUUUCGUCCAAUUAUUGGCUUCUCUGUUAUCAGGAUUCCUGAUCGACAUCGUGGGCAGGCUACCGCUUCUGAUAGCCAGCACGGUCUUCAUGUCUCUCGCGCUGGCCGGUUUCGGCAGUUAUGCCUAUUACAUGUCGCAGACGCAAAAUCUCGGCUAUCCGGACUCGCCGGUGGGUGGGCAACACGAUUGGAUACCGUUGCUCUGCGUGCUAGUCUUCACGACCGCCCUCGCUUUGGGCAUAUCGCCAAUUUCGUGGUUAUUGAUUGGCGAGCUCUUUCCUCUCGAGUACCGCGGCCUCGGCUCGAGCAUCAGCACCAGCUUCAGCUACUUCUGCGCGUUCGUAGGGAUUAAACUGUUCAUGGAUUUUCAGCAGACGUUUGGUUUGCACGGAGCGUUUUGGUUCUACGCCGCGGUAGCGGUAUGCGGACUUUGUUUCGUGGUCUGCUGCGUGCCGGAAACGAAAGGGAAACAACUGGACGAGAUGAAUCCGGAGUACGCGCAAGCCCGGUAGUAUAAGGCCUCGUUGACCGGGGGCCUGUCGAAUCUCGAGAAGGCUAACAAGCCCCUGCCGGGUGGAGCUUAUCCUAAUCAACACGAUCCACGGGAUCUGUACAACGGGAAUCCCCCUAUCGACGUGCCGACCACCUCUCGGCAGACGUUCAACCACCGGGGCAAUUAUCGAAAGCUGUCCGAUUAUUGCAACAUAUUCGCCGAGAAGACGAAUAGGAUCGGCAGAAACGUCGGAAGUUUCAUUCAGUCCCGUGGUUUCUUCCCUGCUCGCCGUUCCACCGAGGACGGUUCCCAGGGCAACCUGACUCAUCGUAUCAACGGCGACGUGAUCAGAAACGACUAUAGGCUCCCUAACAGAGCGGAGCAACGAGACUCGCGCCAGAAGAGUCUCGAUCGUUACGGUCCGAUCGAAAGGGAUCAUCGAGACGGAUCCAGCUACUCUAAGAACGUCUACCUGCACGAAAGAAGCACCGACACGAAUCACUUGAACGGUGACACGGUGACGCAGCCUCGAGUAGUCAGACAACGCGAUUACACGGACCUAUAUCAGGAGGACAGAGGCGUCUGGAGAGGAGAGGGGGCCGACUUAAACGGCUCUAAGCCGAUCUUGAGGAACGGCAUUAGUCACGCCAGAGGCGAGAAGCUUUACAGCUCGACCCUACCCAGACGAAGCAGAACCAUCAAUUUCAGGGAUCAAAUCCCAGCCAACUCGCUCGAGUUGCGUCGAGGAUACCCGAAGAGCUUACAGAACCUCUCGGACCUGGAGGCGGACGACGGAACGCGUGCACCUACCGUCGCCUCCUCCUUCUUAUCCUCUGCAGAAUGGAGGGACGACAGGCUGGACGACGCUUACCGCCGUCGAAGAUACAGGCAGGACCAACUCGAAGAUGACUAUCUGAGACUCUACAGGAACCUGUCCAGCCUGGACAAGUAUCCUCCGACCGGUAGGUACGAACCUGGCCAGGUUCAUUACGAGAGAGAAUGCAGGACAUUCGGCAAGGACACGGUCGCCUUCAUUUAUUACAAAACGUGUUACUUGUGAUGUACGAGGGACUGGCUCAAUAAUUCGUUAAGAGUUUAACUAAUUGAUCAUCGUUCAACAUCUACGCUUUACGAAUCAAUGAGGAAUCUGAUUUCAUCUCCAUCGAGCACCCCUUCUUACGUUCUAUGUACUUUGCGGUUAAGUUUUCGUUCGACAAACUGGGAAUCGUCUCUCUGAACUAUUUUUAAACAUUUCUAGAGCAUCGAAAGUGGUUUCUUUACGAUUUCGGCUAUUCAUUUCUGAUCUCAUUAGAGUAUUCAGUUCCUCGGUUCUCAAUUUCAUUUAUCCAUUCAUCGACGAUGUGUAAGAUUGGUCAGAUAAGAGAUGGAAUUUAUCAUUCUAAACACACUCGUACAAUUUAUACGAAUUAGCGUAUAGAGAAAUCGAUAGAGGACGUUGAAUUUUGUUCCUCUGACCAGUUUUAUGCCUCACUACGUGUACUAUAGAGUCGUAAAGAACGAAAUCGACGAGCAAUGAUCUCUUUUCUCAAACGACACGACUGAAUCGUCGUAUUAGAAAAUCAUCCUCGUGUUUUGCCUUGAAACGUCGAACGAUACUUUUGACCAAUAAAACGCAUAUUCUCGUACGUUGUUUUCCCGUGAUUGUCGAAUCGAAUUGCACUCGUCGAAACGAAAAACAAGAACGCUCUUCCGUGCAACGUGCCUUCGCCGAGAGCACGCAGAUAUAACGCAAAAUACUACGUACGUGUAAAUAUACAUACAUGUAAAAAAAGGAAAGAUAGCAGUAGCCGUAUAUAUGUACACGUAUAUUUAGGAUAGACUCGAUAGACUGGUCCGUCGAUUGUCGUCGACGUUUCUUUACGCGUUAAACUUGAUCGUGAUAUUUUCAAGAGUAACCUUUCUCAAGAUAAGUAUAAUUCGUUUCUUCCAUAAAACGAGAUUCUUGUUCUUUCAAGCAUAACGACUGAAGCAUUCGAAUUAGCGGUUAGUUUUGUUAGAGCCUCGUUUUCGACUCACGUGUUCGUGUUCAAUCGACGAGAGAAGGAAGAAAGUUUCUAUUUUCCGAAAUAACGCGUUAAAUAAUAACAACGAGAUAUUUUCGCCGGGUAUUCAUUCAGAAGGAGAUAACUGGGGUAUUUCUGAACAACUUUUUCCUUUACCGAAAUGCUCGUUAAGACUUGGUUUUUGAAUUAUCAAUGAAAAACUCAAUCGCGGGGGUGUUGGGUACGAACCGACGCGGUGCCGAGUGAGGUGCAAUUGAGUUUUUCAUUAAUAAUUCAGAAACCAUGCCUAAGGAAAUAGUUGUUCAGAAUCGCUCCAGCUUUCACAUUAUAUUCAUAUUUUUUAUUCCAUCGACAACUAAGAACGCGUUACCAGAUGGAAACAUUCGUUAUUUUCCCGGCAAUUUAACACUACCCAUGCGAGAACGCUGAUACACGCCAGAGAUAUAAUACUUCACGUUUGAUCAGACUAAAAGCAUAUAUAAAUACUCGGGUUCCCGAUCUAGCACGGGAACCGUUGACUUAACGAUGACAAUAUUAACUGUAGAUAUACUAUCUUUCAUACUUAAGUACCUAUUGUAUAAAUAACUGAUUAUUAUUGUACAUCCGAGGCAUACUUGUACGUAUAGAGGCCGUGUUACUGUUCGAAUACCGGACGAUGAAACUUUGCGACAAUACUGUUUAACCAUUGCCAAAAUCGCGAGACAGGUGUAAUUUGUAAAUCGAAAAGGAUGUUUCGUUUUGCAAGGUCGAGGGCAGUCGAGUUCAUCGGAGACAGCGGGGGUGGCCAUCGGGAGGCUCGGUACGGAUUUAGGGCCUAAUUAAUUUAAAUUCGCUAAAAGAUGGUUCGUUAAAAAUUUCACCCCCCAUUCGGCCCUGGUCUCUGUUAUAGAUUUGGAAAAUUUCGACAAGGUAUUAAAAAAUAAGGGUCUUAAAAUCUUAUCGUUAGACCCUUUAAUUGCAACACCAUAUGUGUACAGAGAUUAUGUCAAUCGACUGCCAUUGACAAUUUUUUUUUCCACAAAUCUCAACUUUCGUGCAGUGAUACAGUAGACUCUCGUUAUAUCGCCGUGGACGAGGCUGAAGAGCAACGUUAGGAUGCUUGAAUAUCCACGUUCAAGUGGUAAUAUAACGAGAGUCUAUUGUAGCGUGCAAUUUGAAGAUCGCAAAAUAGCGUGCGUCUAUUAGAAGCGAAGAUACUCGUGAAAAUGGCAUUUGUAUUUUGUAUUUUUAUAUAGUUUGUAGAGAGCUCGUCAACGUCGACCCAGCAGAAGAUGUCUGCGAAUCUGUGAUCGAACGCCUAGUCUUCACGGAUCAAAAUAUUUCUCACAGAAUUUGUUUACUUGCUUCGCAAGAGAGGGUAGCCGACCAUAUCUCGUUUCGAACGUUCUGAUAUAUUUUCAAUGACAUAUCCAACUCUUGUUAGAGUUUUCGACCCUGCAUAUCAAACGUAACACGUAUCAACAUCGUGGAACGAAUUUCGGAAUUUAGUUGGAAUGAAAUUUCGAAUCGAUAUUUUCUUCCGUGCAGCCUGACGGUUUCUUACAUCUCUAAUCAUCUCUAAUGGAAUCAUAUCCCUGUCAUAUCUGAUAUUCUAACGAUGCGUGCUCGACUCUUCUAUACAAACGUAUGGAAUCCUGUACUUAAACGUCGAUUGAAAAGAAAAACAAAAUGAAUGAACACUUUGAUAGCUAGUAUCACUUGCAUUCGCAAUUAUAGUCACACGUGAAGAUUUCUUUCACAAUAAUCACUCUCCUUAAUCCGGUGCUGGGGGCACCUUUGGUUAAUCAGUAGCUACUAAUUAUUAAUUAGAAAAUUUACUAAUUCGUUAAGUCCUAAUAAUAAUUUGA